AUGGAUCUUACGGGAAAGAUUCCCCGUGAUCUUGGAAACCUCACAUUUCUUGUUUCUCUCGACUUGGGAAGCAACAAUUUCCAUGGAAAUUUGCCUCAAGAAAUGGCACACUUGCGUCGGCUUAAGUUUCUUGAUUUAAGUUUUAACAGCUUCAGAGGGGAGAUUCCUUCUUGGUUGGAUACUUUGGAGAUAUCUAAUAAUUCACUACAAGGAAAUAUUCCAGAAGGGAUCGGCAAUCUUCACAACAUGAAAGUGCUAUCCGUACAAUAUAAUCAACUUACGGGUUCUAUACCUUUCCGAAUUUUCAAUAUUUCAAGAAUUGAAGUCAUUGCAUUUACAAUGAAUAGCUUAUCAGGAAGUCUUCCCUGUGGUUUAUGCAAUGGUCUCCCAAUACUCAAUGGGCUAUAUUUAUCCAUAAACAAGCUUCGUGGUCAUAUGCCUACAAGCUUAUCAAGGUGUUCUCUAAUAACGGAUAAUUACUAG